UCUACCCUUCUCGACGUAUAUAUGUACUGAGGAUGUUGAGGGUCGACAACGGUCGUCACAGACGUCCUAGCAAGCACUUGGCCAUCCGUUCCUUUGAGAUCCUACUGACAACAUGAACUUCAACAAGGUCUACGUUAUCCAGUUCUGGCGGUCGGCGAAUUUCGACCCUAAAAUCCCUCUGCACUGGGAGGUCGCCAUCGAAACUAGUCCGAAAGUCGGAGAAAGGAGGUUUGGUCGAGUCUUCAACAUCGUAGGCUUCCCCGGCAACUUUGCUUUCGAAAUGCUCGACAACGUUGAGUUCACGAAGCCUCCACCGUUCGCCGGCCUCAUGACCGUGGGGAUUAUCAAGAGCAACGACAUAGAUAAGAUGACAAACGUGAUACAGAAGGUCGAUAUCGUUGAGGAUGAUCAUUGGAACUGCCAGAACUGGACACACGCCGUCCUUCGAAAGUGCAAAGCCGAAGGCCUCGGCAUAUUCUACGAGGGCUCGUUCAAGCAUCUGCAGUCAAUGAUGCGUGAGUCAUGGAAUAGAUGGGACCUUGGGAAUGAAGAGCCCUACGACCCGCGCAACGAGACCUCUUCCUCCUAGGGAUCGCACAUGUGCUAAUAUUGUUUCCUCGUCAUCAUCA